CUCCCCCUGGCCGGGGCUGAGGGGCGGGCGCGCGGCGGCGGGAUUUGCGAUCGGCCGCUGCGCAGCGCGGAGCGGAGCGGAGCGGGCAGCGCCAUGGUGAAGAUCGCCUUCAGUUCUCUCUUCGCCCACAAGGACGAGCCCAAGAAGGAUGCGGCCGAGGCACUGGUGACUGACAAGGAUCCAGAAAUUGCAACACAUGGAAAUGAAAAUUCAUCUGGAAGAUGUUUAUUGACCCUUUUGGGUCUUGCAUUCAUCUUAGCAGGGGUUGUAGUUGGUGGAGCCUGCAUCUACAAGUACUUCAUGCCUAAGCAUAAGGUGUACCGUGGGGAAAUGUGUUACUUUGAAAAUGAAAAUCAGGAUCGUGCUACAGAACCGUACUUCCUGCCCAUUGCAGAAGAAGCUGAUAUUCGGGAAGAUGAUAACAUAGCAAUCAUUGAUGUUCCAGUUCCGAAGUUCUCAGAUAGUGACCCAGCAGCUAUUGUCCAUGAUUUUGACAGGCUUCUGACUGCUUAUCUUGACUUACAACUGGGUAACUGCUAUGUGAUCCCUCUGAAUACAUCCAUUGUUAUGCCACCAAGGAAUCUGAUGGACCUGUUCGCAAAACUGGCGACUGGUUCCUACUUGCCUCAGACUUACCUAGUUCGUGAAGAAAUGGUGGUAACAGAAGAGAUAGAUAAUGUGUCUGAUUUGGGCAUCUUCAUUUACCAGCUUUGUGUAGGAAAAGAGACCUUCAGACUGCAGCGCAGAGAUCAGAGAGCAGGUCUCCAGAAGCGCUCAGCUGAGAACUGUCAUACAAUCAGACAUUUUGAAAAUUCUUUUGUGGUUGAAACAAAGAUCUGUCAACAGUGAAAGACACUGGAUGGAAAGUGACUAUUUCACAUCUUCAUUAAGAAGUCUGAGCUUUACAGUUUGACUUCUAAAUUAAAAUGUGCAGUGAUAAUCAAAAGCCUUAUUAUGCAUCUCCUGUGUAUUGCUUGUAUUACAAAAUACAAAAUCACAAUUUCAGCUUUCUUUGAUCCUUGGUAUAACGAUAUUUUUAGUUGUCUUGCGUAAAACUGAAAUUUGAGAUGUUUUAGAAGAAAUGUGUUAUCAGCUUAUCCAUUGAAUGUGUCUGACUUCGAAUUUUUCUGGGAAAGGCAGAAAAAAAAUACAUUGAUUCUUUGGUCGGAAUUACGCCUGGGGGAAUUCUGCACCACUGUGCAUGCACAGAAUUUAUGUCCCCUGCAGAUUUCUUUGUUUUCCCACAGAAAAAUGACUUUGAUGGGGAAGAAAAGGGAAGCCACAAAAGCGGUCAUGCAACCUUCCCGAGCAGUACAUUUUGGCUGCCCAGGGCAGCCGGCUGUCAGGCGGGACUGGGGACGACCCGGCUGAUGGCUCCUGCCCUGCGCCAGGCUCAGCUGCUAGUCCCAGCUGGGCUGGGGAGGACGGGACUUCCUCUUCCCCUGCACUGCAUCUAGGGCUGCGUCAGACUCACACCCAGAUUUCUCCCCUGGCUGUAGGAAGCUCUACAAAUUCACAUCCCGCCCAUCCAUCCAACCUCUGUGCAUCCAGAACCCCUCACACCCAGACCCUCCUGCCAAGCCUCAUCCCUCUACCCCCCAGACAAGCCCCAUUCCCCCUGCACCUGGACCACCCCAGUGAGCCACCUGGAUCCCCACCCUACCAAGCCUCAGUCAGCUGCACCUGGCUUGCAACCCCACUGAGCCCCACUCCCCCGGCAUCUGGACCCUCUGCACACACCCAGACCCCCUGCUGAGCUCUAUCCUGCCCCCUACACUCGGACUCCCUCUGCUGAGCCUAAACCACCUUCACCUGAACCCCCCCGCAGAGUCCCAUUACUGUUGCACUCAGAACCCCCCAACAAGUCCCUGUGCAUUCAGAUCCUCCCCCCCCCCACACAUACAUACUCAGAUCCUCCGCUGAGAUACCUGCACACAGUUUGUCCCACACAGAACCCUCUCAACCCACACCUGGAUUCCCUCCACACUUGGAUCCUGCCUUUUUGAGCCUGCCUUCCCACACCUGGUGCAUGGAGGGGCAGGGCUCUGGGUUGUUUCUUGCGCAGGCCUGAUCCUUGCACUGUGUCAGGGUUGUGUGCAACCUCACCACUGAAUCUGUGCCCUGGGAAAGGGGAGCUGCACAGUGAUCUCCCACCUCUGUGCAGCCAGUGGCCUGUGCUCCCCAAUGCCAUGCUGGAGCCUCCACAUUUGUUUGACAAAAUGUGCAGAAUUUUAAAACGUGCACAGAAUUUUUAAUUUUUUGGCGCUUAAUUUUUUGGCCCAGAAUGCCUUCAGGAAUAGCCAAAAUCAAUUCUGUUACACCUUUUGAUUUUUCACAGAAUGAUUAAAUUAAUGGAUUAAUAAUCUGUGGGUUGCACAUUUAGUGUAGUUCUAUAGAAUUGCUCUGCACUCCAUUUUCUGGUUUAAAAAAAAUCAAACAACCUCCACCUUGCAACAUUUAUCGUUAAAGGUUUUAUUUUAACUUCCACGUGUGAAGCAUGUAAAAUCUAACCUCAGUGAUUAUAAACCUCUAACAUUGCUUUUUUCAUUUUGUGCAAUUACUGUAUUGAACUCGUAUGUAUAUUUGGAAUCUUCCGUAAGUUUACAUUUAAAUUCUUUAUACUUUUUGUUUGAUUUUUGUGAUAUUUAGUUGACAUAGAUUUAGUUGCUCUUAAUCUCUAAAGUUUGUGUCAGUAUUUUGGUUAUAAAUUGGUUUAUCUUGUAACUGCCUGUUUCAUUAAACCUCUCUUGGUAUGGCCCACUUGUGGAUGUGACUGUAGCUGUAAAUUUAACUACUUUGGCCUGUACAACGAACUUUUUAGAUCCAAACUUUUUAUGAGCAAGUAGCAUUAUUACUGCAGUUAGAGUAUUGUUUCCUGAUGAGAACUACAGUAUAAAGAUGGUAAAGAGUUGCUAGAAUGCUACAGAUUCAAAACUUGAGUCUGUUUUAAUAAGGGACUUUAUAUUGGCAUUAUUCCUGCAACCUUAUAAUAAAUGUUUCUCUAGAA